CGAUGCUGACUUCCAGCCUAUGCAGCAGCAAUCCAGCUGCGAUGCUUUUCCCGAGCUUGAAGCCCGCGUUAACCGCAAAUGCCGUACAAGCACUCACCUCUCGUUACAGUCACACACCGCUCCAGCUGUCACGCUGCUCCAAUCGCAGCCGGCGGCUGGUUGUCGUGGAAUCAUCAUCUGCCAAUCCGUCCCAGAUUUCGUUUGCAACAGCGAUGGAGAGCCAACCUACCCUCUUCCAGGCAAUCGACUUCAAGAAGCUUCAAAACGGAAGUGACAUAAGGGGAGUGGCGAUUCCGGGGGUGGAGGGCGAACCUGUGACACUAACGGAGCCGGCAGCAGAGGCCAUAGGCGCAGCGUUCGCUCGGUUCUUGAAGGGGAAGAAGGAGCAGGCGGGGGAGAAGGCUGACGGGCAGCUGAGCGUGUCCAUCGGACAUGACUCGAGAGUGUCGGCUGAUGUGAUCACGGCAGCAGUGGCGCGCGGGCUAGCAGGCGAGGGCGUGAAGGUGGUUCGGUUCGGCCUGGCGUCCACGCCAGCCAUGUUCAGCAGCACCGUCACUGAGGAUGCCAGCCUCCACUGUCCCAACGACGGAGGCAUCAUGAUCACAGCUAGCCACCUCCCCUUCAACCGCAAUGGUCUCAAGUUCUUCACAGCAAAGGGCGGCGCCAACAAGGCGGAUAUCGCGGCCAUCCUGGCAUCUGCCGCCCAGAUCUACGAGUCCAUGUCAGCAGAAUCCGUGCAGGCCAAUCAGGAGAAGGCGGAGAAGCAGACAGUGCAAGUGGACUACAUGAAGAGAUACGCUGCAGAUCUGGUUGACGCUGUCAGAAAGGCUGCCAAGGCUGGAGAUCGUCCAUUGGAGGGUUACCACAUCGUUGUUGAUGCUGGUAACGGCGCAGGAGGCUUCUUUGCUGCCGGGGUGCUGGAGCCUCUAGGAGCCAACACUACUGGCAGUCAAUUCCUUGAACCCGAUGGCCUGUUUCCGAACCACAUUCCGAACCCAGAGGACAAGGCAGCUAUGGAGGCGAUCACAGGCGCGGUGCUGAGGGAGAAGGCGGACCUUGGGAUCAUCUUUGACACUGACGUGGACAGAGCUGCCGCCGUUGAUUCUUCCGGCAGGGAGAUCAACCGCAACCGUCUGAUCGCUCUCAUUGCGGCGAUCGUGCUUGAGGAGCACCCAGGCACCACUAUAGUCACGGACAGUGUGACAUCGGAUGGGCUGACCACAUUCAUUGAAUCUAAGCUCGGGGGCAAGCACCUGCGGUUCAAGCGGGGCUACAAGAACGUGAUUGACGAGGGCAUCCGGCUGAACUCGGUGGGCGAGGAGUGCCAUCUUGCCAUGGAGACCAGCGGACAUGGUGCCCUUAAGGAGAACAGAUGGCUUGAUGAUGGCGCUUACCUCAUGGUGAAGCUGCUUGUUAAGCUGGCGUCGGCAGCGGGCAAGGGAGAGGCAAAGGGUAGCGCGGUGCUGACGCGCAUGAUAGAGGACCUGCAGGAGGCUGACGAGGCAACGGAGGUUCGACUACGAAUCAACCAGGAUCAUGCUGACGUGGCACCCAUAGGGUUCCGUGCAUACGGGGAGAAGGUUCUAGAAGCGCUCGCAGCCACAGUGGAGGGUGACGCUGCCCUUUCCAAGGCUCCUGUCGAUUAUGAGGGCGCGCGGGUGUCUGGGUUCGGUGGAUGGUUCCUGCUCCGCCUGUCUCUCCAUGACCCUGUCUUGCCACUCAAUAUUGAGGGCCCUUCCAAGGCAGCCACUAGGAGGCUGGCAGAACUUGUCGUGUCUGUGACGUCACAAUUCCCUGCCCUGAACACAUCUGCUCUUCACAAGUACAUCGACACCUGCAACCAAAACUGA